GAAUGGUUGGUACUCUGUAACAAAAUUUCAUUGGAAUUCCGCGCUGAGGAUCUGUUAACCAGUGUUGGUAAGGUCAUCUUAGGUCCGAGGGAUAUAGCUAUACCUACUCGAAAUUUACGCCGGAUUUUCUACUUCAUUUAUUUUUGGUGAAAAGUAUUCAAACAGGUAACGAAAUACUAUCUCUUAUGUGACAUCUCGGGGAAGGUGUAUAUAUUCUCGUAAUGGCAUCCAAUUUGCUGAGGGUGGUACGGCGACAGUUUUCAACGACACUGUUGCGGAGGGCUGAGACUGGGUUUGAAUCCUCUGCCACUGCACCGGAUGCCCACGGCUCGGCCAAAACCUGGAAGAUGCUGACCUUCCUCUUGGCAGUGCCGGGUGUCUUGUUCUGCAUGGUGAAUGCCUACAAGGGGGAGAUGGAGCACAAAGCCCACGCCCACCGAGAGGAGUUUGUAGCCUACCCGCACCUCCGCAUCCGCAACAAGCCUUUCUUCUGGGGAGAUGGGAACCACUCCUUGUUCCACAAUUCCCACAACAAUGCACUACCAGAGGGAUACGAGGAUGAAGAGUAGAUGAAAAAUCACUAUAGCAGCAUCACUUUAAUUGAAAAGACUGUAUUAAUUGAGUUUUUCUGAGUGUUUACUGAUUGCUCAUAAGAAAAAAUGGAAAGUGAUGCAGACAAAAAGUAGCAAUAGAAAAGAAGCAAAAUUUGCACAGAAAAGUUCAAAACAACGUCUUCAGAUUUUAGGCUCGAGACAGAAACGAGUGUUUUUUCAACAGGCAUAAUUUGAUGGAUUCAACAAUGUUAACAGUGCUAGGGUUCAAAUUGCUUGGGGAUGUGAAUGGGAAUAAUAAUGCCAUUAUUUUGGUGUGUAGACAGGUGGUAUGGUACCAUGCUGAUGCAGUGUGCAUGUAGUACACGCACAUUAUAAGAUGCCCCAAAAUGAAAAAGGAAAUGGAAACUUGUAGAAGAUGAAGGAUAUUACUGAAAGGCACAUACACGCAUAGGCUUAUUUCACAUAUUUACUUCCCUAGGUAUAUGUACAUAGGAGUUUGUACGGUCACCAGGAUAAAUGUUCAUGGCCACAUUUGCAAAAUUGAAUCGUUUUUAACUGUUGGUAUUUUUAAGCAUGAGUGCUAAUCAUUAAACAUGCUUGCUGCACUCCUGAACUCGCAGCAGUGCUUAUCUCAGGAUAUGACUGAACGAGCCUCUGAAUGUUUUGUUCCUGCAACAAGCAAGUACCCGUAUGCCAUAAUGUACUUUGCCUACAGUUUAUCCACUGUCAUUUUUUGCCCAGUAUUGUACUUUUCCUACAUAGGAGUUCCUGGAUUGAAUUGAUUCCAAACUGUUGUUCUUUUUUUUAAUUUUACAGAAGAGUUUCAUUCAUUAGCAUUGAGUUGUUGCUAUGGCUUUCAAACUGCAUUCAAAGCAGCGUUCACCUUUUCCUAAAAUGAGAUAAACUCUGAAUUAAAUUUGAGUGCUUGUUUGUGAAGUUUAUCAUGGGGGCCCUUUUGUGCAUUGAAAUGGCAGGGUCUAAUACCCAUCACCUCUGUGACUUCAACUGUAUGCUAAUGACAGUUGCAACCGUUUUACCCAAAAUGCCCUCAGUGUGAACAGCCAACUGAUUAAUAAAAUGUGUUUUAAUCACAAA